UUUCAAUUUCCAUAUUCAGAAACAGAAUUAUGGUGGAUACUCGCAGUACCUAUCAAAGCUCCUAUAAAAUCAACCCCCUCAAUCUUAUUUUCACCCAUGUUUUUUCAUUCUGCCUUAUCCAAUCUCAGUCUCCACUUUCCUAUUAUUUUAUAGAUUUGGGGGAUACAGUCCACAAUUCCACAUCCCCGUUGGCUACUUCAGUUUUUCUCAAACAAAACAAAACAAAACAAAGGGCAGGAGAAAGAAAAGUGAAAGGCAAAAACGCAUAUUAAAUUCCGGGAUCGGUGGAUUGUUCUUGUUUUACUAACGUAAAAGGCUUUCCGGGUUUGACUUGAUUCUGGGUUGCAGAGCAAUGGCAAGAACAGUGUUUCUGCUGCAGUCUUCUUCGGUUUCUUUCUCUGCAUUUACUCAACGCCGCCCUUCAAUCAAAAUCCUCGAUCCUCGGAAUCGUUUCCUUGCAGCAAGACUUGACCGCUGCUCAUAUCAGCGUAUUGUCAAAGUUGUUUCUGACCCUGCUUCUGGCUCUGCUUCUGUUUCUGCUCUGUCCAGUGAACGUGAAAAGCCGAGCUCAUCAAUAGGUUCAAUUAAUGAGUUGAUUGAAUCUUUGAUAAAUCGAGUGGAUUUAACGGAGUCCGAGGCAGAGGCGUCCCUCGAUUUUUUGUUAGCUGAAGCUAAUGAGGCUCUGAUUAGUGCUUUUCUUGUUUUGUUGAGAGCCAAAGGCGAGACCUUUGAAGAAGUUGUUGGUUUGGCGAGGGCAAUGAUAAAGCAUGCUUGGAAGUUAGAAGGGUUGAAUGAUGUGGUUGACAUUGUUGGAACCGGUGGUGAUGGUGCAAACACUGUGAAUAUAUCAACUGGUGCUUCAAUAUUGGCUGCAGCUUGUGGUGCAAAAGUUGCCAAGCAAGGGAACCGAUCAAGUUCUUCUGCCUGUGGAAGUGCUGAUGUAUUGGAAGCUCUGGGGGUAGUUAUUGAUUUGGACCCAGAGGUUGGUAUAGUCCUCAAAAUGGCUAAUGCACUACAACGAUUUGGCAUGAAACGAGCAUUAGUUGUUCACUCAGAGGGUUUAGAUGAAAUGAGUCCCCUCGGGCCCGGGCAAGUUCUUGAUGUCACUCCAGAAAAAAUUGAAAAAUUCUCAUUUGAUCCAUUGGAAUUUGGCAUUUAUCGUUGCACUUUAGAUGACCUGCGAGGUGGUAGCCCAGAGUACAAUGCAGAUGUAUUGAAGCGCAUAUUGGCAGGGGAAAGAGGCCCCAUUGCGGAUGCACUUAUCCUUAAUGCAGCAGCAGCUCUCCUAGUCAGUGGCUGUGUGAAGUCGCUUGCUGAAGGAGUAAGUUUGGCUCGUGAGACACAAUUAUCAGGAAAAGCUCUCAAUACCCUUAGUUCAUGGAUAGACAUCUCAAACAACAUGCAAGCAAAAGCUCUAGUACAAGAAAACUCUGGAAGUUUUAGCUAAACAUUCAAUAAAAAGCUCAAGAACCUGGAAAUGCUUUUGGAAAAUUGGGAUUUCGUUGUACUACAUUAGAACGGUGUUUCCAUGUGGAAGGAUUGGAAGCUCGCUCCUCUGAACUUCAAAGGACUUGAUGGGAUCAUCCUGAAACAGUGAAACAUUUGAAUAUAAGAAGAAGAAAAUGCAUGCUUGUAAUCAUAGAUAGAUUUACACUCUGAGUCUUUAUCUUGGCCUCAGCUAUGUAUUUUGCAAGUAUCUUUUGUUCCCAUUUCGCCCAACACAUGAAUUUCAGUUGCAAGACAUUGUAUGGGAGAAGAAAGCACCUGCAGCCUUUUGGCUUCUGUCCUGUUUCACUGCUUUGAUUGUUGUUCAUCUGUAAAAGCUUUUAUAGUAAUUACUCGUAUAAGAAUAGAGUGCUUGGUCAAAAUUUAGAACAAUUUCUUUGGAAUCCAUUGAACUGGAACAGUUUUGUAUUAGGCUUAAAUCUUAAAAAAGGUCUUAUACUA